AUGAUGAACCGCGCCGCUGCCCUGCGCAGGGCUGCUGCUCUCAGCCCCUCAUCAGUAGCUCGUUCCCGCACCACUGCCGGUGUUCGAUCGUAUGCCACUGGUGCUGAUGGAACCUCAAGAUCCGGCACAGGCCGCUUCUUGCUCUACUCUACCCUCGCUACUACCCUCUUCUACGGUGUCUCGACAGUGGCAGCGCUCAACAACGACCGAUACCAGGACUUUUUCGUAGAGAGCGUUCCAGGAGGAGAGCGCAUCAUCGACUACCUUGACACACACGAUGUCAGUCAGGAGAUCAAGAACAUCAACUUCGGAGGAUACGGAGAGAAGGCCGUCAAUGUCACCAAGGCCGCCUACGGCAGCGUGAGUGGUGCUGUUGGCCGUGUCCUUAGCGGCGAUGCAGGUGCAAGCGAGAGUGCAGGCGAUGAACGUGAUGCUCGUCUCAAAGUUGCUGAGGCACGCAACAAGGCCAAGGACGAGGCGGAGACGCUCGCGCAAAAUGUCAAGUCAGAUGCCAAGAAGGUGGAAGAGGAGGGCGAGUCAGCUUUCAAGGCUGUUCAGGACAAGACCUCGGAGCUUCUCAACCGAGCCAAGGCUGCUGCCGACAAGGCAGAGGCCAAGGUUCGUGGUGACGCCGCCGAGGUCAAGCAGGAUGGCCGCAAUGUGCUCCAGCGUGCGGUCGACGGCGUCCAAGUCAUGACCGACAUUGGUGCCAACACCAAGGCUGCCCCCUCCAAGAGCGCCUCUUCUGGCAAGGGUCCGCAGGAGGAGGUCAAGGAAACCUACAUUGGCGAGCUUCCCGUUAACCACGAACCUCCUGCAGGCUACGCUACCCCUCGCCGUGACCGAGGCCUAAAAGCACCUGAACAGCCCACCGCUCGCUUGCGUCCUGACCCAGAGGCACCUAAGCUCCCCUUGCUUGCCCCUUCGAUCAAGAGCCUUUCUGGGUCUGAGCCCAUGAUCGCUCAGCUCGCAAGCACCAUCGACGAGCUCACUACCUUCCUCAAAGAGACGCCAUCGUCCGGUGCCAAGGCCAAGGGUGUUCUCGAGAGUGCGCAGAUCGAGUUCGAGCAGUUGAGCCAGCGUCUUGAGACCAUCAAGCGCGAGGAGGCCAAGCGUGUCGAGAACAGCCUGGCAGCCCAAGCCAAGCGAUACGAGGCUCAGAUCUCUAAACAGUCGGAAGAGGCCGCCAACAAGCUUUCCAGCCGAGAGUCAGACUGGCAAAAGUCGUUUGAAGAGGAACGUGCCAAGCAGAUGGAGCAGUUCAAGGAGAAGCUCGAGAAGGAGCUUGCCACGCAGAGUCAUAUCAUCAACGAGAGGCUCAAGGAGGAAGUCAUAGCACAAGGUAUUGAGCUGCAGCGUCGAUGGAUGAAGGACAUCAAGGCCAAGGUCGAGGAGGAGCGUGGUGGACGUCUUGCCAAGCUCGACGAGUUGGCAACCGAGCUCAAGAGCCUGGAGAAGGUCAGCUUGGACAACAGCAGCGUGCUCGACGAGAACCUUUCGGUCCACACUUUGUGGACUGCGGUUCGAGCUGUGCAGCAUGCUCUUGAUGACUCGUUGGCCACCAAGGUACCCUUCGCCGAGCAACUGCGCGUUCUCAAAGGCACCUCCAAGGCACGCGAUGAUCCUGUCCUCGCUGCUGCUAUUGAGGCACUCGAAUCGAGCGAUGCUGCCGAGACCGGUGUCGAGUCCUUCACUACGCUCAAGCAGUGGUUCGACAACAAGGUUGGACCUCGUGUGCGUCAGGUCUCGCUCGUACCAUCCCCCGAGACUUCGGGUGUGCUUUCACAUCUUGCCAGCGCGGCGCUCUCGCCAAUUCUAUUCCACAAAAAGGGUCUAGUUCAAGGUGAGGAUGUUCCCUCUGUGCUCGCAAGGGCAGAGUACUACCUCGACAGGAAGGACCUUGACUCGGCCACGCGAGAACUCAACCAGCUCAAAGGCUGGCCAAAAUUGUUGGCUCAGGAUUGGCUCACCGCAUCGCGAAAACGUCUCGAGGUACAGCAGGCGCUCGAAGUUGUCCAGACAGAAGCCAGCUUGGCCUCGCUCAUGGUGUCGGCUUGA